AUGAGUGAGAGAGACAUACAAAGCCUGAGGAAAUGGGUUUUCGUGCUCACUCUCUGCCUUACCACACUAUGGGGAAGACUGACGCUGGCCUCCACCCAUCACAGAAGCCAUUCAGUGCACGUAGAGCCUGGCACAUGCGAAGUCAUUGCGGCUCACAGGUGCUGCAAUAAGAACAAGAUCGAGGAGCGCUCCCAGACAGUGAAAUGCUCCUGCUUCCCGGGGCAGGUGGCAGGGACGACACGGGCGGCUCCCUCCUGCGUGGAUGCCUCCAUCGUGCUGCAGAAGUGGUGGUGCCAGAUGGAGCCGUGCCUCGAUGGGGAGGAGUGCAAGGUACUGCCCGACCUCUCAGGCUGGAGCUGCAGUAGCGGCAACAAAGUGAAGACGACCAAGGUCACGCGAUAG